AUGGCCUACAAUCCCAGGGCAAGUAUGGUACCCGUAUCUCAGCAGAGUAACCGUGGUAAGAAAAAAGAGGAGGAUAGUGAUGCAUUCAUGCGAUUGCCUGAUAAAGAAAUAGUCGGAUGUAUAAGUGAUAUAGGUGUUCCUUUUACCGUUGCAGAUCUGCAGAAGCCAAAUCCACUUCAGAUUCAGAUGAUAUUUGAAUGGUUUGCGGAGUUACUAAUGAAUGCAACUCGCAAGACUGUUGAUCCAGCGAUGCGUUCUGCUGCUGAAGAUAUUUGCGGGGAAUAUUUGGAUAUCAUACCAUCCGAAACGAGAAACCUAAUGGGAUUCUACGUCAGUUUACGCAAGCUUCUAAUAGAAUGUGGGAUUACAGACUUUUCAUUUCAAGAUCUAUACAAACCAACACAUGAUCGGCUAGUGAAGAUAUUUUCAUACAUGAUAAAUUUUGUCCGAUUUCGUGAAAGCCAAACCGAUGUGAUUGAUGAGCAUUUUAAUAAAGCUGAGACUACAAAAAUCCGCAUAGAAUCCCUGAUGAAUGAGAAUCAGGAGAUGGAAAUGCACCUAGACGAUAUGAAGCAAAAUCAUCGUUCUAUGGAGAUUCAACUGGCCGAAAAAGCGAAGAGAAACGAGGAAAUCAAAAAGAGACUCCUUGACCUCCGUCAAAGUCAAGAGAACGUCAUCCGUCGAUUUGAGAACGUUAAAUCUAAUAAGGGUACACUAACACUGACUCUAGAAAAUAAGACUGCGGAGAUAAUAUCAUUACGACAGGAAUGCGCUAAGCUCAAACCGUAUGUAUUGCAGUCUCCAGCUGCGCUUCAAGCUUCUCUCGCCGAACUCUUUAAUGUCUUAAGUUCAGAAAAGAACCAAGUAGAUGCACUUGAUCGACGAGCACGUGGGCUACAGACGUCAAUAGAUACUUUUUCGGUAGUUACAUUAGAUGUCACGUCGUGUCUCAAAAUUCUGGAAGAGAUCUCAGCCGAAAUGGGGAAAGAAGAAGAAGAAAACAUUCGAAUUACAAGCCAAAAGGAGAUUUUAGUAGAACGAGGUAACAGCUUAAGAGAAAUAGAAAGGACAGAAAGUUUACUGCAACGUCAAUUGUCCAAGUGGAUAGAGCGAACCCAGAAACUCAGAGAAACCUCAAAGGGUAAAGCGGUCACUGCGAAGGCCAAAUUGGAAGAUUUGAGAACUGUUCAUCGGCAGCUGACUGAGGAGAGAGCCGAAAAGGGACGGGAGAUGGAAAGAAGGAAAAUGCGAAUAGAGCUGACAGAAAAGAAGAUGACAGAAUUAAAGGAAACGGUUCAAAAAGAGGUUCACAAUGCGCAUGAUGAAUUCUUAAACAUGGAUUCCCACAUAAAACUUUACAUAAAUGAGAUGGAACAACUUAUCUGA